GGGUAGUUGAGAGGGUCCAUAGGUAUUAUGCUAAUUAAAUUCUGGUCAUAUGUGGGACCCUCCCUUUCAAGUUCCAUCCCACUUGUUGCUAUAUUAGAGCCCAUCCUUCUUACCUCCACCGCAUUGAACUCCUGUCACACUUCCAAUCUCUUUCCCUCUGUGACAGACAAUCUUUAUCUCAUAUCUGUGACAAGUGCAGCCCUAAAAUGGCCAAGGGAAGAGGCAGUGCAAUGAAUCAUUUUCUGGUUGCCUUGGUGGUGCUGUUUGUAGUUCAGUGCAGCUUGGUUGAAGUGCAGGGGGCUACUUAUGUAGUUGGAGGCCCCCAAGGAUGGGGCUUGCAAAUUCAGAAGUCUCGCUGGACUACAGGGAAACGCUUCAAGGCUGGUGAUGUAUUGGUGUUCAAGUAUACACCAGGAGCUCAUAAUGUAGUGAGUGUGAACUCGGCAGGAUACAAGAGCUGUACUAAGGGAGCGUCCCCAUCUCUGACAUCUGGAAAUGACAAAGUAACUCUAAAGAAGGGGGGCAAUUACUUUAUCUGCAGCUUCACUGGCCACUGCACUAGUGGUAUGAAAAUUGCUGUUACAGCAGCAUAGUUUGCCAGAGGCUGUAAAAUAUUUAUGUAUUCAUCCGUUCACCUAUGUUAUUACCUUCUAUAUGUACGUUGCCUAAUGUGACCCAUCUCUAAAAUUAUGUUCACCUGUACUUAUUUAAGACUUAUGUUAGUCUUUACUAAUAUAAUAAAGCAAAAUCAGAAUUUGCAGAAA